AUAUGAUUAAUUAUAAUUAAUUAAAUAUUUAAUUAAAAGCUAUCUGUGGCCCUAAGAAGUUUAGCAUAUUUAAAUUUUGGCCCCUACCUACUGCCAAGUUGUGCAGGCCUGUUUUAAAGAGACAGAGGCAAAUACCAUGGCCCGUUUCUGCCAAAAGGCAGAUGUUCAGGGAGCAGUGGUGUCACCCUCCUUUCGGGUGUCGCCUGGUGUGAAUCCGCACCCCUGCAACACUUAGUGACACCCCUGGGUAGGGGAUAGGAUCCCUGGAGGAUCAAGAAGGGUUAUCCUGUAUCCUCUUCCUCUCCAAGGACUGGAAAUAUUUUUUUGUCUUCUUUCAUUCCAUUGGACUUGCCCAGUAUGGCAUUUUAGCAAAACUAAACUGCCAAAAAUCUAAGUUACACAGCUUUAUGUUCUGACUGGGUUAGUAAUUUUGGCCCACAGAGACUAUUUCUUCUCCUAGGUGACUUUUGAGGAGGUGACUGUGUCUUUCAAUGAGGACGAGUGGGCCUUGCUGGAUCCGGACCAAAGGGCCCUUCACAGGGAAGUCAUGGAGGAGAAACUGGCAAUCCUGGUCUCUCUGGGUGGUGAUAGACAAGAGGGACAGAAUGUAAGAGAACCAAGUAUGUCUUUAGAGGAAAGAAUGCAGUGUUGCAUAUUUCAAUUUCAACCGAAGAAAGAGAAGGGAAGUAAAAUUGACACUCAAGAAAAGAAGGUGAAUAAAGCUUCUGCUUCUCAGGCUGGAGAUUUCUGUGGAAGUGUCACUGAAGAAAAAAGCCAGAAAGGAGAGGAACAGAGUAAAUGUAUUUAUCUUGAAUGUGGGAGGAGCCCCAGUUGUAAAGAAAGCCUUGCUCUUCACCAGGAAAUUCAUGUAGAAAGAAUUCACACACAAAAAAGAAAAAGUGAGUUCUCAGGGUGUGAAGAGACAUUAAGGUGGAGAUCAUAUCAAAGCCCUGAAACAAUGAGUAGGAAGACAUACCUAUCUAGUCAUAAAGUAGAUCACACCGGAGAAAUACAAAUUAAUUAUAUGGGAUACACAAACAGUUUCAUCGGAAAGACAAAUCUCAUUCAUCAUCAAAUAAUUCAUACAGGAGAAGAGCCAUUCAAAUGCCUGGAAUGUGGAAAGAGUUUCAAUCGGAAGCAAAAUUUCAUUCUUCAUCGAAGAAUUCAUACAGGAGAGAAGCCAUUUGAAUGCCUGGAAUGUGGAAAGAGUUUCAGUCAGAAGCAAAAUCUCACUCAUCAUCAAAGAAUUCAUACAGGAGAGAAGCCAUUUGAAUGCCUGGAAUGUGGGAAAAAAUUCAAUCAGAAGACACAUCUCACUCGUCAUCAAAGGAUUCAUACAGGAGAGAAGCCAUUUGAAUGCUUAGUGUGUGGAAGGAAAUUCAAUCAGAAGAUGGAGCUCACUUGUCAUCAAAGAAUUCAUACAGGAGAAAAGCCAUUUGCAUGCUUAGACUGUGGAAAGAAAUUCAGUCAGAAGAUAAAUCUCAUUCGUCAUCAAAGAAUGCAUACAGGAGAAAAGCCACUUGCAUGCUUAGACUGUGGAAAGAAAUUCAAUCAGAAGACAGAACUCAGUAUUCAUCAAAGAAUACAUACAGGAGAAAAGCCGUUUAAAUGCUUAGAGUGUGGAAAGAAAUUCAGUCAGAAGACAGAUCUCACUCGUCAUGAAAGAAUUCAUACAGGAGAGAAGCCAUUUACCUGCCUGGAAUGUGGAAAGAAAUUCAGUAGGAAGAUAAAUCUCACUCAUCAUCAAAGAAUUCAUACAAGAGAGAAGCCAUUUAAAUACCUGGAAUGAGGAAAGGAUUUCAGCCAGAAUAGAGAUUUCAUUUACCAUCAAAACAUUCAUACAGCACAAAAGCCACUUAAAUACUUGUGCUUUGGAAAGAGUAUCAGCUAGGUCUUUCCAUCAGGUUAUCACAGGAAGAAACUAUGACUGCAUCUGCACUGCAGAAUUAGUGCAGUUUGAUAGCACUUUAACUGCUGUGGGUCAUUGCUAUGAAAUUCUGGAAAUUGUAAUUUGUAGUGAUCCCAGAGCUCUCUGACAGAGAAGGCUAAAAUGACCCACCAACUCAAAUUCCCAGAAUUCAUAGCAUUGAGCCAUGGCAGUAAAAGCAGUGUCAAACCAGAUUAUUUCUGCAAUGUGAAUGUAGCUGAUUUAAAUGUUUAGAAUGGAAAGAGUUUCAAUCUCAAGAGAGGUCUCUUAAUGCUCAUCAAGCAACUCACAAAUCGGAGAAACCAUUUAAAUGUUUGUUGUGUGGAAAGUCUUUCAAAAGGAAGAUCAGCUUCACUUGUCAUCUCACAACUCACACAGGGCAAAAACCCUUUAAGUGUUUAGAGAGUGAAAAGAGAUUUAGUCAGAUAUCUCACCCAGCAUCAGGCAACUCAAUAUUUAAAUGUUCAGGGUGUGGAAACACCUUUGGUCAGAAGAUGAAGUUCACUUUCCAUGAAGAAAAUCAACACAGAGAAACCAUAGAUAUGUUUAGAGCGUGGAAGGGGUUUAGAUAAGAAGGUAAACCUUACUUAUCAAGCAGCUCUUAUCUGGGGAGGAAACCAUUACAAUGUUUGGAGUGUAGAAACAGCUUCAUUUGAAAGAUGAUCCUCACUCAUCAUAGAGUCGCUCACACAGGAGAGAAACUAUUCAAAUCCUUGGCACAUGGAAAGAGUUUCUGUUGGAAGAUGUGCCUCACCCAUCACCAGGGAAUUCAUGCAGGAGAAUCUCUGUGCCCCGCAGGUGAGCCAAGGGAUCUCUUUAUUGUCAAGCGUCAAGCAGACCGGGCAAAAGGAGUGGGCAGAGGCUGCUCCUGUCCUGAUUGCUACAGGGCUAGGGCAUAAUGUUUAAUAAUUGGCAUGGGUCUGUCUGUAGGCAAUAUGAGCUUUUUUAUUGUUUAAAAGAGAAUUUAUGACAAAAAAUGUGUAUAGUUGAUGUUUGGUGGCGGCGGCAGCGGAUGAGGCAGGGCACAAGCAGCAGGGCCUUGAAAAGGCACCCAGCAUACCACCAAAAUUUGCUGCAGUGGCGGCAGCAGAGGGGCACACAGCCUCUGAUACUCUGCCCAGGUAGUGACUAAGCAACUUUCACAGGGGAAGAGUAAGCUUACCCAAAACAAAUAUCCUCUGCCACCUGACUGAUAAUUGUCAGUUUAGCAAUACAGUAACUUGGUUUUUUUGUUCUGAGAGUUGGCUUUUGGAUCUUUCUUUGUAAGGGCUUCCCACUGCGAGGAAAGGGUCUAUGGACUGGAGGAGGAUUUCACGUCCUUUCUAGUCACUGAAAAAGAGAGAAACGGGUUUCCUUGUUUAAUCCAAAGUCUGGGAAGAUUUGCAGAGAUCGGGGCUUGAAGGGAGGUAUGACUGGUAACCGGAAAGCAGCCGACUGUUUCUUUUAAGGUGAUCCCUCAUUGCGGAAAGCAACAAAUUAAAGCUACAAAGAGACUGCUUGUUGAAAAGGGUGGAAUUUCUCAUCCCACUUUAGUCUUCAACUCUCUGAUAAUUACGGGAAUCUGGAUGUGCUUCACUAAAGGAUAAUAUUUAAAAUUGACUAAGGAAGAGAAACGGUCUUAAGAAAAAAGGGAGGGGAAAAAGCAAAAUAAAAUAAAAUAAAAAUUCAAUCAAAUAAAAAUCUAAACCAACAAAACAAUAAAAAUAAAUUGAAAUACUGAAUAAGAAAAACUUUAAAAAGAAAUUAGAAACUACUUAAAACAAACAAUAUAAAUUUUAAAAAACAACUAAAAAACAAAAACAACAAAAAACAGGGUAGACCUCAAAUAGCUUUUCACUUUUCACUUCUGUAUCAGUUCUUCCAGCUCAUGUUAAAAUGGCUCAAGGACUUAGAUCAUUAACAAUGAGAGCUCAAACAGGAAAUACAAACAGAAGAGGCUCUACUGAACUACCUUUGAAACAAACAGACUGUACAACAAUUGGUUGAGCAAACAAGAAGACCAUCAAGAAUUAAAAGAAAACAGGAAACAAAUGAAAAUCUCAAUAAGGGUUUUGAAAGACUAGAAAAGUCAAUACAACAAAUAGCAAGAGAAAGUGACAAAUGAGAAGAGAAUUGGAACUACAGUCGGCUCUUGGUAUACGCGGGGGAUCUGUUCUGGGCCCCUCUGCAUAUACUAAAAUCCGCAUAUGCUCAAGUCCCAUUUUCCCCAAUGGCGGCAUUCCCCUCUCCUCUCCUCUUCUUUCUCUGCCUCUUUCCCUCCCUACAGCACCUACCUUCUCUUCGUCGCUGCCACCACCACCUUCUCAUCGCCGCUGCCGCCGCAGGAUAUGCCAGGUGAUGGUCUUGGAGGCUAAGAUGUCUCCAGGCACGGCUUUUGCGUCACAGCCGCCACCACCACAGAAGGGCCGGGUGGAGGCCUCUUGGCCUCCAACACUACUACCCAGCCUUUCCCACGGAGGCGGCAGCGAGGAGGAUGAGACUUGGCCUCCUUGCCGCCUCGGCCUCCACUGCAGGAAAGGCCGGGUGGUGCUGUUGAAGCCCUCCAGGCCGCCACCUGCCCUUCGCGGUAAUGGAGGCUGUGGUGCCUAGUAAUCUUCAUUUUCCCCCCUGUGUUCUCACUGACAGAGACAGGUAUAGUGUCUAGAUCAUGGGAAGUAAUAGUGCCACUGUAUUCUACUUUGGUCAGACCCCACCUGGAAUACUGUGUCCAGUUCUUGGCACCACAGUUCAAAAAUGACAUUGAGAAACUGGAGC